AACCUGGUCAAUCAUUUUUGUCAGUGAAAGUCGGCACGGAGCUCACUCACCAGGAGCGCGCGCGCACCCGGGAACAUCAGCACCGCUGGAAUGACACGUUUUUGACGCGAUCAUGGAUAAAGCAACACGUGAAUUGAUGUUUUUUGAUCACCUGUACGGAUUCCGAGCGUUUUUACUGCUGAUGUGUUAUUAACGUUUAUGUUUUAUGACGUUUCUGGUUGAAUAACUUCUCAUUUGAUUCGAAUCUCCGCGCCACGGUGUCUUUAGGAGCCCAAAGUUCUACCGGUUCCAUGUAGGCGACCUGUUGGAGUUUCACGCUUUGAAUAGCGUGUAAAAACAAACAAACAAACAAAACAACAAUAAAAACUGAAAUCCAGAAGAUUUCCCGGUCGUGAAUGGACGUUAUGGUCGCGGGGAACGAGAGCUGUUAUAAGACGCAGAACGUGGAGAAUAACGCGAGCCCGGUGAUCAGCGCGCUCAUGUUCGCGGCGGGUGUGCUGGGAAACGCGGCGGCGCUCCUGCUGAUCGAAGUGCGCAGACGGAAAGAGCGCAGCCGCAAGCAGCACGAGCAUCAGAGGCGCACCUUGUUCCACGUGCUUGUGACCGCGCUUGUGGUAACCGACUUGGCGGGCACGUGCCUGGUCAGCCCUCUCGUGCAAGCCGCGCACGCGCUCAACACCACGCUGAUUGCCAUGAGCGACAACAAGGGCGCGUGCCACUACUUCGGCUUCGCCAUGACCUUCUUCAGCCUGGCCACGCUCUCGCUGCUGCUCGCCAUGGCGCUCGAGCGCUACCUUUCCAUCGGCUUCCCGUACCUGUACGGGCGGCGCGUGAGCACGCGCUGCGGCUACGUCGCCAUCCCGUGCAUGUACGCGCUGUGCGCGCUCUUCUGCUGCUUGCCCUUCGCGGGGUUCGGCAGAUAUGUGCAGUACUGCCCCGGCACCUGGUGCUUCAUCGACAUGAACCCGAAACGCAGCGCGGACCGGGUGUUCGCCAACGUCUACGCCACCGUCAUGCUGCUCAUGGUGCUCGCGAUAGCCGCGUGCAACUGCUUCGUGGCUUAUCACCUGGUGCUGAUGUACCGAAGGCGCACGGUGAACCGAGGAAGCUCGGUCACGCGCAGACCCUUUUCUCUCUCACAGGAAGUGGAGUAUCUCAUCCUAUUAGUCAUCAUGACGGUUAUAUUUGUCAUAUGCAGCCUGCCGUUAAUGAUCCGAGUGUACAUUAACUCAUUAACUGUCCAGGAGCGCUACGACAGCAAGACUGACCUUAUCGCGCUGCGAUUCAUCUCCGUCAACUCCAUCAUCGACCCGUGGGUGUUCAUCAUCCUCAGCCCCUCGAGACUGCGUUUCCUUCUGGGGGCGCUGUGCAAGGCCGGAAACAGGAACUCGAUCUACAGAACCUCGCUGGCCAAAAACUCCGAAGGGCCGAUCGAUCUGUGCCAAAACAUCACCACUGAGAUCACGCACAUGAGCAAAUCCGCUCAGAUGAUAUGACGAAGGAUUUUACAUGAAACUGAUAAAAAAAAAAAUGUAAAAAGAAGAAUGUACUUCCCAAACCCUGAGAAAGCACAUGGGGUUCUCAGGUGCAGAGGGGUUUGGUGAGAUUGGGAUCUUUUCAAGGUCAGCCGUUCUGAUUGGCAGAGAGAUACGAUCUCCAUGGUGACGGAGGCUGGGAGAGGUUGUUGCUGUUGUUGUUGAUGUUGUUGUGUUCUUUGAAACCACUAAAGGAAAUGUUUUUUUUUUUGUUUUUUUUAAAGUAAAGACUGAAUUUGCUCAGCUCUUAAAAAAAAAAAAACACCUCAACAUGACUGACAGUAUGAAGUAUGUUCUAGAUGCAUCUUUAAGGCAUGUCAUGCGACAUGACCAUCAGGAGACGCGCCAUAUGUUGCAUAUGAAAGAGUGGAAUAUGAGAUGCUGUGUUACUGCUAAAUUUUUUUUUUUUUAAAAACUUCAACGAUGGACAAAUGGACAAAGUUCGUUCCACAAAGGCAACGUGUGUAUGCGCAUCACCCCGUGUUGGCUCUUUUAUGGUGCUUAAUGGGGAAUCGGUGGAAAGCAAGUCAUGCGAGUCGUAGACUCAUUCUUACGUCGUCAGGAUAUAAAGCGUUUAUCGAGAUUUAAUUGCAGUGACACUACGUCACAUGGUCAUCUACCCUUAAGCUGUCGUGCCGAAUUGUGAAUCUGUUAUUAAUUUAAACGGGAGUUAGUCAUUUCCGUAAUCCGUUUGUGUGUCGACGUGUUCGUGUUUUAAUGUUGUGUGUCGAAUGUGUCGUACAAACCCAUGUGUAAUUCAGGAAGCCGAUCUAUGGGUUCAAACUGUACCUCAUUUCUGAGUACUGAGAUUGCAUUUGCACUGAGCUGUGAAAAAUGUCAAGCUUGUGUUUGUGACUGUGUGAUGAAUACAAUGUAUGAAGCAUUGUUGUGAAACUGUGCGUCAGGGUCGUUUGACUUCUGUCAGCAGCAUUAAUAAGUCCAAGGCAGAAAAAUAAACCCCUUUGAUUUAUCGCCA